UUCAGCCUUUGUUAUGUAAACAAAAUAUGAUGCCACUUUUGGCCAUCAGUAUGAUUCCUGUGCCCAUUAUCAAAAGUGAACAAUAGAGAGUCUAACCUUCAGCCUCUCCAUGUACCGUCAUCAUCACAUGCAGCAUGCUUUCACCUGCAUGCCAUCAUUAUACCCUUGCCAUCAAAUUCUCAAUAAGUUUUAGUAGUUUGAUUGCAUCUCCCACUGCAGCCCCUAGCAUGGCCCAUCUUGAGCCUCAUGAGGUAUUUUUGAAUUGGGCUACCCUUGUGCUUCUUUCAUCAUUGAUAGAGGUCCACAUCCCAAGUGCUUGCACCUUUUAUUCUUGCUUUUCAUAAUUCACAUGACCUCUUAGGCUUCGUUUGGGACGGCUUUUUUGUUGCUUCUUAAAGCCGUUUUUUAGUAUAAAAGUUAAAAUUUUUAUACUAAAAAGUUGCUUUAAGAAGCAAGAAAAAAAUUGUCCCAAAUGAAGUCUUACUCUUCCUAUAAAUAGGGAUUUCACCCUUCCCUAGUUCUCCAUCCACCAUUAUUCAACCUCUUCGGUUUUUAAGAUGAAGGUCCCUUUUUUCUUCUGCUUUCUGUCUGUGCUCCUGUUUCUUCUUCGAGCUAAAAAUAUUGCAGCAGUGACAUGCAACCCGAUGGAGCUUAGCCCGUGCGCCAAUGCCAUUCUCUCAACGGCACCGCCAACGGCUUCAUGUUGCUCGAAGCUCAAGGAACAGCAGCCAUGUUUUUGCCAGUAUGAGAGGAACCCCCAACUCAAAGAAUACAUAAAAUCUAGCAACAGUAACAAGGUGGCCAGCAUUUGUAAAGUGCCAGUACCCAAGUGCUGACUAAUGAAUGUCUUUGGUUGAACUGUAAGUCCCCUUAGUUAUCUAAUCUACAAGCUAUUUAAAUGGAGAAGAAGGGGAUAGCUUCCUAGUUUGUUUAUCCUUUCUAGAGUAAUGGUUUGUAAGUUCUGUAUCUUUGAUAUGGUGAUAAUGCUUAUGAAUGACUGGCAGUCUUGGCUGAAGUUAUUCUCUGUUUGUUUAAGACUGGUGUUGUUCUUAUAUAUCAAUAAAAUAUUUUGUAUUUUAUGUGGA